AAGGCGGGAACACACGGGGCCCAAAAUGGCGGCCAGCCGGUACCGGCGUUUUCUUAAGCUCUGUGAGGAAUGGCCAGUGGACGAGACCAAACGGGGCCGGGACUUGGGCGCUUACCUGCGACAGCGGGUAGCACAGGCCUUUCGGGAGGGAGAGAAUACCCAGGUUGCAGAGCCUGAGGCCUGUGAUCAGAUGUACGAGAGCUUAGCGCGACUCCAUUCAAACUACUACAAACACAAGUACCCUCGCCCCAGAGACACCAGCUUCAGUGGCCUGUCAUUGGAAGAGUACAAGCUGAUCCUGUCCACAGACACCUUGGAAGAGCUUAAGGAAAUGGAUAAAAGCAUGUGGAAGAAACUGCAGGAGAAGUUUUCCUCCAAGGGUCCUGAGGAGAAUCAUAAGGCCUGAGCUCAGGCCUUACCUCGCCCACGUAUCUAGGUGUGGAGUCUUGUACAUUGCCAUCGUCAAUAAAACUGCCCCAGUUUCCCCGUGACCUUACAGUUUGGGAAUCUCCUCUAGCCUUCCCAGAAAGGCUCUAAAGAAAGUUUCAGCCUCAGAAGGGAUGGCGAUUGGGCUGUCUGCUGUGA